UGUGUUUAUAAAAAAAAUGUUCGACUUCGAUUUUGGAAAAUUGGAAUUUUUGAAAGUUGAAAGUUGUGAUAUUGGUUGAUAAAUUUGGAAAACAGUUGAUAGUUUCGAAAAUCUUGAUUAAGAAAUAUUAAUGAACAAAGAGGUGACGUUUCAUAUGCUUAGGAAUAAUAUUCUACACGACUUUUAUUGAGUAAUGAUACAAGAUAAUAUAGUUUUUGAUAUCAAAUUUUGAGCAUCGUUUCCUGGUAAACCAUAACCGUGCUGAUCCUGAUCUUUUGAGAUGACUGGCUUCAAUUUGUUCAACACGAAUACAACAGCAUCGACAGCUCCAACAGCUACGUUUGGCGCGUCUGCUACAGCCAAUACUUCGAGUACAUUUUUUGGUGCGAACACUUCGAGUUUUGGUAACCCAGCACCAGCUCAGAACACCACUUUUGGAAGCGGAGCCGCUACUGGAAAUAUAUCUUUUGGUUCACCGAAGCCGCAAACUAAUGUCACAUUUGGUGCUCCUGCGUCGACCAAUGCCGUCGGUGGGUUUGGAAGCGCCCAACCGACCGCAUCAUGUGGUACACCAACGACUCAAUCAAACUUGACUUUUGGAACGCCUAGUGCACAGCCUACUGCGAGUUUUGGAGCUUCUCCAGGUCAACCAAGUGCGAGUUUUGGAGCUUCUCCAGGUCAACCAAGUGCGAGUUUCGGAGCUUCUCCAGGUCAACCAAGUAUGGGUUUUGGAGCAGCUGCUGCGACACAACCGCAAUCAUCUUUCGGAGGGCUUCCCAGUUUUGGUUCACUGAAACCGCAGACUCCCACUACCAGCAGUGGUUUGUUCGGAUCGAUUGCGCUUGGGCAAGCUGGCGGCGUAUCAGGAACCAGUGCGCCAGCGUCGAAUACUAAUGUUGUUAAACCUACGUUCGGCGGCGGGCUUAGCUUUCCUGCGAGCACUUCGGCUGGCCAAACCGGAUUAUCUUUCGGGCUUAAACCAGCCAGUACGAUAACAACUACCAGCACCGCAACUCAGCCUAGUCUAUUCAGUAUGCCGACUCCUACCUCAGCUACAUCUACUGCUGCUGCACCUCAAACAGUAUCUUUCGGGUUGGGAAAUGUCUCGCAAAGUCCAUCAUUCGGUUCUAGUGCACCUUUACCUACGACUGCCGCCACUAUUCAACCAAUUCAGCCGGCUACUACGCAGACUAGUUUGGGUGGCAUAUCAUUCGCAGCGACGACUACUUCCGCUCCUUCGUUAUCGUUUGGUGGCUUAGGAACUACAGCAGCUACUACUUCAGCUGCUCCUUCAACGUCUGGCUUGUUGGGUUCGUCAUUCGGGGCCACUACCACCGCUUCGUCAUCAGGAGGGUUUUCGUGGCAAAAACCUGCAUCCGAAGCAACCACGUCCGCACCGAGUACAUCUGUUGGGUUAGGAGGUGUUGAUCAUACUGCUGUGUCGACUGCUCAGUCAACCGCCAACACUAUAGUUUCUGCCGAAGAACAAACGCUACCUAAUGAAAUCCAACAAACGGUGGCUUGCUUUAAAGAAUACGUCAAAACGCAGAAAAAUUUAAGCAGCGAGGUUGCUCGCACUUCUGCCGAACCGUUGACUAAACUAACCCAACAAAUUGGAGCUUUGAAUAAUCUUAUAUUAACUUUAGGAAGUGUUCUAUCUCAGCAAAAAUUCACCGCUGAAAAAAUCAAACUCGAAACGCUGAAAUCCUUGGAAGAUUACGAAUUAGCUCAAAAAAUUAAAGAUAGCCCGGUAGCAUCGGAAGAACGUAUGCUCGCUAUACGAAAAUAUUUUACCGAAAAAAUCUCCGCUUUUGAAGAAAGCGCCAAAACACUUCAAGAAAAAAUCGAAUACGUUUACCAGCACGUGAUAACAUUACCUCAAGAGAACAGUCUAACAGCCGAAGCUCUCAAAUUGAUCGUGAAAAAAUUACACGAUAGUUUCGUAGUGAUUGGAGCUCGAGCUUAUAAGUUGCACAACGAUAUGCAGUUGUUGAAAGUGCAAUAUUUGACGUUACGAAAUCAAUACGUUAAAGAUAAUUCUUCCAUUAGUUUCAGUCUAAAUAGAGAGCUUCAGUUGCCAUUUUCUAGCGUAAGGUCUAAAUCGAAUCCAGCAGAUUUUACUCUCGAAGGACCUAACCCGUUUUCUAAGACUGCCGGCGGAUCUUUCAAUUCUUUAUUGUUAACGUCGCAGAACAGAAACUUUCCAUCUACUACGACACCUUCGAAAGAUUGGGGUGUUUCUAGCUUCGGCGCAUCUAAACCCUUUGGAUUUCCAGAUACUUCGAGUGGUAGUUUUGAUCAGAAUUCUUCAUUCAACGCAUCCGGUUCUCAGCAGUUCAACUUACAAAAACCUCCUGUUGGUAAUAAACGUGGCAAAAGAUAGCAUUCAACUUUAAACCGUAAAUAAUUCGGUUACUCGUAGUACGACUUUUUACUGUAAAAUUUAUUUUUAUAUCAAUGCGAGAUAAUUCAUUUUUUGAAUUCGAGUUUUGUUUUUUUUUAAAUUGUACUAUGAAUUGAAGUUUAAUUUUUUUGUUACGUGUGUUACGCGUUUCCUAGAUUAAAUAUUAGAACAGCGAAUAAAAAUUUAAGAUUUUAUUAUGAAAAAUAAAAAAACAUUGUUUAAAUAAA